GCCAAAUAUAAACAGCCAGUUUUGGGCCUUUGUAGUACUUGAACGGUCUGGGUCGGUGUUUGGUACAUCUAACCCAAGUUCAGCAAUUAAAUGCAGAGGCAUUUCGGGGGGUUUUACGGAGGUUUAGGUUUGGCCAAAAAUGGCAGGAGUUACAGUAGCUGGAAGAUCCACAUCCAUUUUUUCUCGCACAACAUUGAGAUCAACACCAUCAAGAACAAGACUAUCUCAAGUCUCAGUCUCAAAUUGCUCCGCUCCUUCCAAUUUCAACCUCCGUUCACGGAGCCGAAUAUUCCCUACGCCUUCUCCUUGUAGGUUAUUGCGACGAGAAUUGAGCACGCUUGUUCCUAUCCACAGCGCUAUUUCAGCUGCUUGUCUUGUCUCCAAGCUUCCCAGUGAAGCCAGUUCUUCAAUCCAAGGGAGAUUUGCAAAUUACCUCAGUCCCAUCUAGGAUCAAGUGCUUGCAAACAUCAAAACUCUUUCUCCUUUCAAUUUUGUAAUGUUGUUUACUUCAUUUCUGAAAUUGAAAUUCAGGCAUUCCGAUGCUAAUUGCUGACCAAUGUUUGUUUGAUCAUCAUUAAUUUAAGUGGCAAUCUUGAGUUACUUGAGUUCUA